AUGAAUAAUGAUGAAUAUCUACGAAGAGUAAUUAUCGACGAACACCUCAGCAUAUGUGCUGAAGACAUGUCGCGUCUCCUCAAUACAUACCAAUGCGAGUGGACAUCCGUUAUCAAAGACCCUGCUUGCCGUACCCAAUUCAAACAAAUUACCAACACUGAAGAUAUUCAACCGAGUAUUGAAUUCAUAACAGAACGUGGUCAACGAUUGAUUGGCUCAAAGAAUUUCGUAGAUUAA